GACAGAAGAGUGGGCGAUGUCUACGCAUGCUCAUUUGCUACCCAGGAAGAAGGAGUAACAACCGGUAAUGAUUAACGUUAAGCAUUAGCUGCUUACUUCAAGAAGACAACGGUUUUCACGGUUUUAUUUGUCUCAGUACAUUUACGGCAGUUUCUGCGGACCUGAAUCUGUGUGAGGUCUGACCCACUUUGAAGCUGCAUCAUCAUGAUGUGCAUUCAGUCACUCCUCCUGAUGCUGCUUUGUGUUGGGGUCUUUUCGGUAGAGGUUCAACGCCCUCGCGGUGUCCCUUCCUGGAAACGUCAGUUCUACGAAGAGGGGAAACCUUUUACUUGUCUGGAUGGCUCCCGCACUAUUCCAUUUGACAGAGUAAAUGAUGACUAUUGUGACUGCAAGGAUGGCUCUGAUGAGCCUGGCACUGCUGCUUGUCCCAAUGGCAGCUUUUACUGCACCAAUGCUGGUUUCCGGUCAACUUUCAUUCCUUCUUCCCGGAUCAAUGAUGGAGUCUGUGACUGCUGUGACACAACAGAUGAAUACAACAGUGGCGCUGCCUGUCAGAACACAUGCAGGGAGAUGGGACAGAAAGAGAGGGAAGUCAUGGAAAAGAUGGCAGAGAUUGCUAAAGAGGGCUUUCAUCUUAAGCAACAACUAAUCCAGGAGGCGAAAAAAUCCCUAGAAGAGAAAAAGACCAAAAUGACAGAUGUACAGGUUAAUAAGAAGGAUCUGGAAGAGAAGGUGGAAGCUCUCAGAACUGUAAAAGAAGCCGCAGAACAGCCAGAGAAAGAAGCUAAAGAGCGCCAUCUAAAGGCAUGGGAAGAUAAUAAGGCUCUUAUUCGCAUGGAGAAGGACAAAGCUAGAAUGGCUGAGGUGUUUCUUGAACUGGAUGAUAAUGAUGAUGGCUUUGUAUCAGUGGCGGAGCUUCUUUCUCAUGCUGAGUUCGACUCCGAUUCAGAUGGUACAUUUACAGAAGAAGAGGCUCAGGGAAUAUUGGGAGGAGUAGAGAAAGUGGACACACUAGGAUUUGAAUCUAUCUGGAAUAACGUAAAAGAAAGAUAUGUAUCCGAGACCGCCACAGACGCUGCUGCACCAGCAGAGAUGCCGCAGGAGGAGAUAAGGGAGCCAGUUCCUGACAAUGACUCUGAACACUACCCUGAUGACGACAUCCCAGAGGACGAAGAUGAGGAUGACGAAGAUGAUGAAGAUGACGAUCCAGAUGACGAUUAUAAGACUCCUCCUACAACGCAAACCCAAGAACCGAAGGAUGAUGUUGACGAGGGACCUAUGCCACCCUAUGAUGAGGAAACUCAGCUUCUCAUUGACUCUGCUCAGAAAGCCAGGGAUGAGUUUGAUGAAGCUGAGCGAGCUCUGCGGGAAGUGGAUGACCAAAUCAAAAAUCUAGAGAAGGAGAUUUCUUUCGACUUUGGACCAGGCCUUGAGUUUGCCUACCUCUACAGCCAGUGUUACGAGCUAACAACUAGCGAGUACAUUUACAGGCUGUGUCCUUUCAACAGAGUAUCUCAGAAACCAAAAUAUGGUGGAUCUGAAACUAACCUAGGAACAUGGGGAAAAUGGGCUGGACCUGAGGGCGAUGUCUACUCUGCAAUGAAAUAUGAACAUGGAACAGGGUGCUGGCAAGGCCCCAACAGAUCAACCACAGUUAAGUUGACAUGUGGAAAGGAGACAGUUGUGACCUCUACUUCAGAGCCCAGUCGCUGUGAGUAUCUGAUGGAGUUUACUAGUCCUGCUGCUUGCCAGGAGCCUUCGAACUCAGUUUCAGAGCAUGAGCAUCAAGAACUCUAGAUCCAUUUGACUGGUUGUUGAGGGACCACAGUCACUGCAGCAAUAUGCUUUCUUUGAGCACCACCACCUUGGCAUAGAUUUAAAAUUUCAAAAUAAAUGGUGGAAAUUCCAUUUCAGUAGAUAUUUCAUUAGCACUUCAACUUCCUGUGAUACCUGUUGUCUUGAUUCGAUUGCAAAUGCAGUUUCAUUCCAUUGUUUACAAAUAAAAUUCUUUUUAAAUCAAA